UAGACAUACACCACAAUGACAUAACCUUAUGUAAUCCCUAUUGAGUGGUCAUUAUUAAGACGUGUGAUAGCGAUCUGGACAUGUACGUACACGGACGGAUUUGACCGGUAUGUAGUGAUCAGAAAGCGUGGCUCUUCGUUAACUAAUGCAGAUCAAUUACAUACAAGUCUGUAACAUAUUGUAUCAUAUCUAUACUAAGUGUACCAUAUGGUUAUCCGUGAAGCAUCUUGUGUAAGGAUUCUGCAUGCAUUUGAAGGAUAUUAAUAUUUUAAGCUUAAAGAAUAAAACAGUUGCCAUGGAAGCGGAACCUGUAGUUUAUCUGGAUCUUUUCAGCCGAAUAAGAACGUUAUAUGAAGAGCAACGCUUCACAGAUAUUACUAUUAUGGUAGAAAACCAGUCGUUUCCAUGUCAUAGGAUAAUACUAUCCGCAGCCUCCAGAUAUUUUGAUGCCAUGUUUUCAUCAAAUAUGAAAGAGUCCGAAAUGGACGAAAUUUAUUUGCAAGAUGUAAAGGCAAAAACUUUUAAAGAUGUUCUUGCAUUCGUCUACUGCAAUAAGGAUAUAGUUACACAAGAAACUGCUGAAGACAUCAUCAGAACGGCGUCAAUGUUACAAAUCGACAGCCUUCAGAACCAGUGUGAACGCUUCAUGGCGGGAAAUAUUAACAACGAAAAUUGUGUAGGACUUUGGGCGCUCGCACGACAUUUAAAUUACCAGAAAUUAAGAGAAAAGAGCUAUCCUUGUAUUUUGAAUAAUUUUUUGGAAGUCUGCGAGUAUGAAGAAUUUCUUCUUCUUGAAAAAAAUGACUUGGUUGAAAUUAUUAAAGAUGACGGAUUAAAAGUAAUUGACGAGGAGGCCGUGUGUGAGGCAGUGUUUAAGUGGAUUAAAUUUGAUGAAUGUAGUCGAAAACAUCAUCUACCAGAAAUAUUCCAACAUCUGAGAUUAACACAAGUUAGUUUAGAUUAUGUUUUAGACGAAUUAGACACAAAUCCUUUGGUGGCCGAAUUUAAAACUUGUGUUAGUGCCGUCAAAAAUGCUAUUAAAUAUCAUGCCAUGCCAGCUAGAAGACAGACACUGACGAACGUCAAGGACGAAUUUAGAUGUGUUUCCAAUAAGACUCAUUUGAUCACUGUACUUGGUCGGCGUUAUAGAAAAGGUGGCGAAACAUCAUUGGAAUUUAUUGGUUACAAUAUAAAGGAAAAGAAAUGGGUAUCUUUGCACAACCACGCCCUUCCAUAUGACAUAGGCGAAGAUUUCGCCGUAUGUUCAUUUGGUGAUGACAUAUUCGUUACCGGUGGAACGAAAACCAUGGAAACAUGUCUCAGAUAUUCGUCCAAAUUCUCACAAUGGAGAGAAAGAUCAAAAUUAUGUAAAGGUCGGUACCGUCAUGCUAUGGUGGCGGUGAAGAACUCCCUGUACGUAAUUGGUGGAUACAACUUUGGAACGCUGAGCUGUAUCGAAGAAUACGAUAUGGGAAUUGAAACCUGGAAGAAAGUCGGUGAACUACAACAUGGAGUUGAUGCCACAUCAGCAGCAGCUAUUGGUGAUAACUUAUAUGUAUUUGGUGGCUGGCUAGGCUUUGCACAAGAAACAGCAGCAAUCCAGUGUUUUGAAACAAAAACAAAAACCAGCUACCAGAUAGGAAAUCUCCCACAUCCAUGUAAAUAUACGAGAGCAAUAUCCGUAAAUAAUCGUAUUCAAAUUAUCAGUCCACAGGGAGAACUUAUAUCAUUCAGUCCGAACGACGGUUCAAAAAUCAUCAGUACCGUAAAAGAUUUUUCCAGGAGGAAUUUCGGGGUUUUUAUAAAUUCGGACGGAGUGCACAUUUUUGGUGGCGAGAAAGAAACCUCAACCGAUAGUGCUGAAGGCGACAUUUGUGACGAUGUUAUACUUGUGACGGAAACACAGAGUGAGAAGCUUAAAUCAAUGAAACUUCCUGUUCCAAUGGAGGUCUACGGCUGUAUACGUACAGUUGUUGACAAGAAAUAUUCUUUAGUAGACUUUCAAAAGACUCUUUUGGAGUUUGAUAUAUAAACUAAACUGUCCCUGAUACUUAGCCUGCAGACUUUUGGAGUUUGAUAUAAAAACUAAACUGUCUCUUACUUUGCAAAGACUCUUUUGGAGUUUGAUAUAUAAACUAAACUGUCUCUUACUUUGCAAAGACUCUUUUGGAGUUUGAUAUAUAAACUAAACUGUCCCUGAUACUUAGCCUGCAGACUUUUGGAGUUUGAUAUAAAAACUAAACUGUCUCUUACUUUGCAAAGACUCUUUUGGAGUUUGAUAUAUAAACUAAACUGUCUCUUACUUUGCAAAGACUCUUUUGGAGUUUGAUAUAUAAACUAAACUGUCUCUUACUUAGCAUGAUUGGGUUCAUAGAAAUGCUAAACAAAUUAAAAUUACAUGGAAGGAUUGAAACAGUAAACGAGUAUUUAAAAUACAACAUUAGGAAUGAGAGAGGUAAAAUAGAGACUUUCAGGUGAAAGUAAAUAAAAGAUAUGGCGAUUGUCUUCGCACUGUGUCAGAGAGAAAGAGAGAGCGAGAGAGCGAGAGAGAGAAACAGACAGAAUCUGCAUGUGUAAUUUGAAAAACGAUUACUGGCUUCACAGUCAUUUGAUGUUCGAUGUUUAUUGUUAGUUAUAAGAUUGUCAAUAUCAAUAUUUCUAUAUAUUUAUCUAUUUAUUUAAUUUAUUUUAUUAUACGGCAAGAAAUUAUUUAUAUAAAUUAAUAUAAAAUAAACUAUUUUUUAACGUUG